AUGUAUAGAAACCUUUUAGAUAUAUUGAAAGAAGGCCCACUUAAGAUAUCAAUACUGGGAAGCGGAAACUGGGCUAGCGCAAUUAGCAAGAUUGUUGGUACCAAUGCAAAAAACAAUUAUUUAUUUGAAAAUGAAGUAAAAAUGUGGAUUCGAGAUGAAAUAGUAAACGGAGAGAAAAUGGUGGACAUAAUUAAUAAAAAACAUGAAAAUACCAAAUAUUUACAGGGUGUUCCUUUACCGCAUAAUAUUGUGGCUUAUUCUGAUAUGUCUAAGGUUAUAAAUAAUGCUGAUUUAUUGAUAUUUAUUAUCCCAUCACAAUAUUUGGAAAGUGUAUUACAUUUAAUUAAAGAAGACAAAUCAAUUAAAAUAGAAAAACAUGUAAAAGCCAUAUCAUUAACAAAGGGUUUCAUUGUCAAAAAUAAUAAAAUGAUACUCUGUUCAAAAUAUAUUAGUAAUUCUUUGGAUGUUCCUUGUUGUGCAUUGUCUGGUGCUAACAUUGCUAUGGAUGUUGCAAUGGAAUGCUUCUCAGAAGCUACAAUUGGAGGAGAUGACAAAGACGCAUUACCAAUUUGGCAAAGGGUCUUUGAUAUGCCUUAUUUUAAAAUAAAUUGCGUUAAUGAAUCAACUGGAGUUGAAAUUUGUGGAGCCUUAAAAAAUAUUAUAACGUUAGCAGCUGGAUUUUGUGAUGGUCUAAAUGUUUCUCCAAAUUCCAAGUCGGCAAUUAUACGAAUUGGAAUUAACGAAACAAUGCUUUUUGCAAAAAAAUUUUUUAAUUACUCGGAUGUUAGCAUACUUCUUGAAAGUUGUGGAAUUGCUGAUAUUAUUACUUCCUUUUUAGGGGGAAGGAAUGCAAAAUGUUCUGCUGAGUUUGUAAGGUGCCAGUUGAAAAAGUCAUGGGAAGAACUGGAGAAUGAAAUACUCAAGGGGCAAAAAUUACAGGGAACUGUGACUUUAAAAUAUGUUUACCAAAUGAUUAAAGAAAGUAAUGCAACCCAUGAAUUUCCCCUUUUUACGAUUCUUCAUAAAAUUUCAUUUGAAAAUGAAGAGCCCACAAAUUUAUUAAAAACAUUUAUGAAUUACACAAUUUCGACAGUAAACCCUUGA